UCGACUCUUCUUCUUUGCUGCCGGAGCGGGUUUCCGUCCUCUCCCGGUUGUCGUCUGUUCGUGUGACAGAUUCGUAAGCGUCGAAAUGGCCAAGUCAAAGAAUCACACAACCCACAACCAGUCUCGUAAAGCCCAUAGGAAUGGCAUCAAGAAGCCCACAUCCCAGCGCUACGAGUCCUUGAAGGGGGUGGACCCCAAGUUCAUGAGGAAUAUGCGUUUUGCUAAGAAGCACAACAAGAAGGGCCAGAAGGCGGCACAGAAGGCAGCAAAGGCGAAAUAAGCUGCUGUGAAGGCUUCUUCAUGUCUGUCAGCGUUCCUCAUUGUGUUACCACCAUCACAAUAAAGCAGUGCUUUGUAAACAAACA